GCCCCUUCUUCUCGUUUUAUUUUGAAAGCGGAAGCCGCCUUGGUUUGACAUAGUGAACCGGAAGUGUUUGUUCUUCAGUCAGAUGGUGUGAAGAUGGCGGUGCCCCUGAGGAGGACGCUGGUGGUUCUUCACAGAGCGACAUGGAGCAGAAUGAAGAAUGCUGAGGCGUCUCUGGACGUGCUGCGGCAUCCCGUCCCACUUUACCUGCCGGUCCGGACCAAGAAGCGGUACUUCAUCCCUCCAGCAGUGGGAGUGAAGGGGCAGAGGGAGGAGAACACGGAGGCCAAGGCCAGAGCGGCAGGCCUCGUCUUCAGACAGCAGUACUUUGAGAGGCCCAUCAACAUCGCCUGCACUGCGGGAAUCUUCGACCCCUACAUCCCCCCUGAGGGCGACGCUCGUCUCUCCACUUUGUCUAAAGAAGGUCUGAAACAACGAGCCGAACAGAUUCGACAGAGCGCCGGCUCCCAGCUAGCGAUUCGUAAAAUCAAAGAGCACGACUCUCUGUUCACGACCAAGGAUUUUGCAGAGCGAGCUCAGGAGAUCUUCGUCGAGGCCCACGACGCCCUGUCACAGUUCAACAAGGAGAAGCUUCACUCGUUGGUGACUGAGCGGUGUUAUCCUGAGAUGACGAGAGGAAACCGGUACAAGACCAUCCGUUGGAGGUUCGUCGAGUCACUGGAGCCGCCCAAAGUGGUCCACGCCCGCUGCCCCGACAUGGUCACCAAGGGCAACCUGUACGGCCAGGUGACGGUCCGCAUGCACACCAAACAGGCUCUGGCCGUCUACGACCGCUUCGGGAGGCUGAUGCUGGGCAGCGAGGAGCAGCCGAAGGACGUGUUGGAGUACCUGGUCAUAGAGCGACACCUCGUGAACCCCUACGGCCGAUGGAGGUUACACGGGAAAAUAGUGCCGUCCUGGGCUCCGGCCAAAGACCCAAUUAUUAAGACUGUCAUGAUUCCUGGUCCAGAGCUGAAGCCGGGACAAGAGUUUGACGCCCUUAACUAUGAAGUUCCCAAACCAGAGGCAGUCCAGUGGAGCAAGUAGUCCACCGGGUGGCGCUGCUCUUUACAUUACAAACCACAGUAGGACAUCAGCAGCAGCAGUAGCAGCAGCAGUAGUCAUGAGCCAGAGUGCUGUUUACAUUCUGUCUGUGGCUGGUUAGUUUGUCCAGUCAGGCAGGAGACCAGGCUUCCUCUGGAGGCUCCUGUCUGUCUGAGAACCGCUGGAAGCAGCAGCUGAGUCUCAGGAUGAACAAACUACUGAGUCCUGCAGCCAAUAAAGCUGCUUCUCUCUCCUGCAACCAAUCACCACACAACAGUCUGGAAAAAUAAUAAUAAUAAUGAUAAUGAUAACAGAUUGAUUCUCAAGUUAGUUUCACACAUUUUCAUAUUGUUUUAAGACUAAAACUAAACCUUCAAAGACCCCAGGAUCACAACUGACUUCACUGUCUCUCAGAGGAUCUGGUAGGUUCAGUUUUAGGGCCAGAGAGAAGACACAGAUAUCACUAGAAAACCAUCGGUAUCAACAAGAUGUACCUCCAGAUGUGUGAAUGUAAAUGGGUUCUAUGGGUACCCACGAGUCUCCCCUUUACAGACAUGAUCACUUUAUGAUAAUCACUUGCAGUAUAAAUGUGUUAUUGU